UGAAGGAACACGGAGGGUGUGAAAAAAGUGUUUGCUUGAUUCUGAAGCCUUGAGCCCUGCCUUGAUUGAGCUGGAAUGAGCCUUGAGCCUUGAGGAAAACAAAAAGGCGAAGGAGGAAAAGGCUGUGGAAUUGUGAUACGGCCUUGCUCUUGCGGAAAGACGCCUGGCACCACUGCAGAGAUCCCGUUUUGGUCGCGGGUUCACCGGCUGCUGAGCGGAGAUGGCGUCACCGACGCUGGACUCGUUUUGCUGCGCGCUACACAAUGACAGUAACGAGCCGACCAAGCAGCUGGCGCCCUACUUCCGGUCGCCCACCUACACCACCGUGUGUCUGGUGUUCGCCAUAUUCGGCGUCCUCGGCGCCUCGUAUCAGAUACUGCAUAACCACGUGAUUCUGGAGCGGAGCAGCCUGCGGCGGCCGACGUUCAUCCUGCGAGGCCGGCGCAUCCUGCAGUGGCUCGGCUUUGCCGACCUGAUGGCUGCAGUUGGUGUGAUCCUUCGCUGCGUGGUCUGGCUGAUGGACGAAAACAUGAUGAGGGGUCUCGGAUUGGAUGAAUUCGCCAGCGAUUUCUGCAUCGUCACAUCGGCGGUGACGCAGUAUUUUUACACGGCCACCUACAUGUGGACGCUGCUGUACGCGGUGGACGUCCUGCGCACACUGCGCGGCUCCGGCGGCUCGAUGGUCGUGUACGGCCUCUGGGCCUGGCUGGUGCCGUUCGUCCUCUCCACCAUCGGCUUCCUGCUGCUCUUCGUGCCCGGCACCAAUUGUCACGCGCAGGGCACCAACAGCUUCCUGCGCCACUUCCCCAACUACAUGUGCGUCUACCUGCCGCUGGUGACGGUGCUGGUGUCGUGUCCGAUACUGGUGCGGCUCUCACUGUCCAGGAUCCGCGCCCGCAUCGCAAACACCUCCAACCGUUUCAGUAACCGGGAGCGGCGCACGCUGCUCUACCUGCGCUUCAAGUUUGUCUGCAUCAUCGUGGCGUUCUACCUGUGCUGGCUGCCGAACCUGGUGAACGGCGUACUGCUGUGGAGCACGUGGCCGCAGGUGCCCGUCCAGCCGGUGGUGGUCAUCUGGUACUUCAUGGCGGUGCUGAACCCGCUGCAGGCGGUGCUCAACUCGCUGCUGUACCGCAGCUGGGACUCUGGCUCGCCCAGUAUCGGUGAGUGGCUGGCCGAGCGGGCGCGCGCGCUGGCCGCCUGGUGCCACCGCGCCGCCCGGCCGCACCCCGAGAUGGACCCGCUGCUCAACGGCGCCAGCAAGUCGUACGACUCGCUGGACAACAACGGCUAGAAAAUCUGCCGGCCGGUCCGGGAACUGUAGCUUACGAUCUCGUCACAAGAUGGCGCAAUAGGUGGCACAAACAACCACAAGGGAAUCAAAGGAGCGCCAGCUUUCCUUACACUUCGCGGUCAAGGGCGGCCACUUCUCUGUAGUGUAUGAAAAUACUCGAAAAACAACAACAUUGUACUGCUUUUCACUUAGGGUCUUUUUGUUACUAGCUGUCAAUUCCAGACAAAGUUCGUGAUCCCGAAUUCCGGGCCUAUCCACGUCUAGUUCUGGGGUCGUCCAGUAGGCACGUUUCGUGGUUGGAUUCCGGAUAGAACGAUUGUGUGCAUCCACCACGUCCUCAAUAACUUUCUCUCUUACUUCGGUACUCCUUUUUGCUUCAUAAUCAAUCGCAGUCUGGGUUGACCCUCUAUGGACCUACGGAGCGUUGUGGUCCGGAUAAUACCAGCCUUCACGCGCCUGUGAUUUCUUUUGCUGGUGCAGAUGUAAGGUGUUACCUAAAUAUGCCUAAAUCAGAGCCAGAUUUCGUUUUCUCUUUCCUCUCAUUUUCUUUUCACGUGCCGAUGACGAGCUGGUCGUCCUAAGGCACGGAUUCAGUGUCUUGUCUGCACACGUGUUUUACUGUCUUGGAAUGGCCAUCGUUCGCUGACAUUGAUGCCAUGUAAAAGGUGAAGCGUAUAACAUUAUGGGUCACUGGUUCAGGGUUUGAUAUGUGGUAUAGAUUUAACGAACAACUAUCUUCUUUACUAGUAUUGUGACUAAUAUCAGUGUAUCAUAAAAAAACCCAAAGGUGAUGUAUGAACAAGGACGUCAGAAUCUUCAGAAUGCAUGCUUUGUAGGUGGCUUGGGGAGCCCUACAUGUUUUAACGUUAUGGCCAAUGCCGUAAGUCUGGAUGUUUUUUUUUUUUACAAAAAAGAAAACUUCGAUCCAUUAUUUUUGCUCAGUAUUGCCACAUUAUUUGCGCUAUUGUGCUCUCCGAAAAAGCGCGGAUGUUUCAUGAGCGUAAAUAUUUCAUCGGACUUACGUUUCAGCAAUGAUGGCUAAUGCAGGGUUCUGGAGUGAGUUUCUCCGAUUUCACGGUAGUUUAUUAGUGUUUGCGUUCGCAUUGGCUACUGUGUUUGAGAGCAACGACUGGAGUAGUGUGUGAUUGGAGCCGAUUGAGGAUUGAGGGUGAACGAUCGUGAUGUAACCAUGUGCCGAAUUAUAUGUUAACGUCUGGCAGGGACCUGAUUUAGGCGAUACCUUGUCACUGGUUUCACCGUCUAUUGCAUGCUUGGCCUUCGUAGAUAGGUCCUUCGUAGUUAAGUCACAAAUAACAACGAAGAGUGGGCUUGUGCAGUCUCGAGAGGCACGUGCGGAGCAGUGUACUACGAUUAGUUCGCGCAGUGCUUUCAUUCACUCUACAAUCUUUUCAGUAUUGAGGCCGUGCCUUCAGCAUUUGUGUCGUGAAUUUAUGCUUUAUUUCUUGAUAUCAAUAACCGAUGCAUUUCUUUUAACGUACCAAUGGUCAUACAUGGAUGCACUAUAAAGGCUGAACAUGAGAAUGGAUAUUAUAAUUAUUUUUGGAUUGGUCUAUGAUAGUUAGUCGCGAAACGAUCGACUCUUGUGGCGGGUCUUUUACGAACCGUCUGCAACAUCGCAGCGUACACAUGACCUUAUUGAUACAUCCUGAUGCUUAUUGUCGUAGUUGCCAUCACAAAAGACCCGAUAUUGAGUGGAACGGGUAGCAGUGGCUCUCUCAGAUAGUGAUAUAUCGACUCUGCUACCGUCAAAUGAUCAGAUGUCAGAUGUUAGAUGCUUCCGUCUUUCUGAGAUGUUCCAUCUCUGUGACAUGUGUCUUUUUUAGAUUUGCUAUUCUGCGAGAAACUGAACAGUUUAGGUGUAGGUAUUCCAGUCGUUAUUCGCAUCCGCUUCAUUCAUGCAUCAUCUUCUGAUGAUGCCAGCAGGAAGGACUGGGACCGGUUGCGUGGCAAAUUUCGUCACUCGCUUUGUGGCCUUCUGUGUUGGGACAUGACUCCCGUCGUGAUUUGUGGUAGAGCUAAAGUCAUGAGAAGAUAAAUAGAUGUAUUCAUGUAUUCAUUCUUGAGCACUAAUUAGAGUGAUGAACGUCGAUAACCAUAUUCGACCACAUACACUAUAUACAUACAUUUCCGUGUGUUGUAGGCUAUUAAACGUGUGCGCUCAGUAUCGUGGGUGUGCUGAAUACUAUAGAUAGGCGAAUAGACUGGACUGGAAGUGUACUACUCUUCAUGGGAUGGACUGUAUAGUGUAUGCUCUGGAGUUUUGGCAUAUAAGCGGCAAUACACUGACUAUGUAUGACUAUAUAAUAUGUGUGUGGUAUACAGCGCUGCAGGCGAUAGCCUGGGCCUACGUUUUGUGUGAACUGCGUUAAAAGGUGUUGUGUACUCGUUCAAUAUAUUUGCACUUUUGUAUCAACUUG